UUGACCUUUCAUCUUGUAAUAUUUGUUAAUCAUUUUAUUGAGUUUUAAAAAUGAAUAAUUCAAUAACUAUGUCGUCGCUUGAGACGGAGGAUAUGGUGCAACUAUUGGCUGUGAUCGGCGAUGAGGACACAUGCGUGGGCUUUAUGCUGGCCGGAAUUGGACAAGUGGAUGAGAAUCGGCAGGCCAAUUUCAUGGUGGUUGAUAAGCGCACAACUCCUGUCCAAAUCGAGGCCUGUUUCAAGAAUUUCCUGGCCCGCCCCGAAAUUGGCAUCAUAUUGAUCAAUCAGGAGCACGCGGAUGUGAUUCGUCCCACUGUCGAUGCCCACCUGCUGGCCGUGCCCACUGUGAUUGAGAUUCCCUCGAAGCAGAAUCCCUACGAUGUCUCCAAGGACUCGAUUCUGAAGCGGGCCCGUGGCAUUAUGAGUCCACGAAAGAGGCGCAAAUAGCAAUCAGUUCUUGGGAUCGCUGCGAGGGGCUAAUGAAGGAUUUGCAUAGUUCUCGCAUGCAUACCAAAUGCCGAUGUUACAAAGUGGAUUGAAGAGAAAAUAAAGUUCAUACACAUCG